AUGUACAUAUCCACUUUGUUGUCGACCAGUAUUGUCCUGUUAGCCUCGGCUGUCCCCAGCCAAGCGCAGACUUGCAACCUCCCCUCCACCUACCGCUGGUCAUCGACCGGACCACUAGCUACACCCAAAAACGGUUGGGCUGCUCUCAAGGAUUUCACGACUGUCAACUACAAUGGAAGGAAGCUGGUGUACGGCUCAACAGCAAGCACUGGCGGAAAGUACGGCUCGAUGAACUUUGGCCUGGUCAACAACUGGUCUGAUCUGGCCUCGGCCAGCCAGAAUGCAAUGACCUCGUUCAACGCCGUUGCGCCCACUCUGUUCUAUUUUGCGCCCAAAAAGGUCUGGGUCCUUGCAUACCAGUGGGGCCCUACGACAUUCACCUAUCGCACGUCCACCGACCCUUCUAACGCCAACGGCUGGGGCGCCGCCCAACCUCUCUUCUCCGGGAAAAUCACCGGCUCAGACACGGGCGCCAUUGAUCAAACCGUUAUCGGCGACAGCAAGAACAUGUAUCUAUUCUUCGCUGGCGACAACGGCAAGAUCUACCGCACUGGCAUGCCUAUCGGCAACUUUCCCGGCAACUUCGGCACCGCUUCCACCGUCGUAAUGACCGACAGCAGGAACAACCUUUUCGAAGCUGUGCAGGUGUACACAUUGGACGACCAGUCUUCACCCAAGUACCUCAUGCUCGUCGAAGCCAUCGGCGCCAACGGCCGCUACUUCCGCAGCUUCACAGCCACCAAACUGGAUGGCACGUGGACGCCGCAGGCUGCCAGCGAGAACAACCCCUUUGCAGGCAAGGUGAACAGUGGCGCAACUUGGACCAACGACAUCAGCCACGGUGACUUGUAUAGGAGUAACCCGGAUCAGACCUUCACGGUCGAUCCAUGCAACCUGCAAUUGUUGUACCAGGGACGCGAUCCCAACAAUGUGCCCAGCGACUACAACCUGUUGCCGUACCGCCCUGGAGUUCUGACCCUGCAGAAGUAG